AUGAACACCAUCAUCGUGGAGGAACUCGAGGGCGACCUGGCAGCACAACAUUCGGCACAGCUGCUUGCCUUAGCCGCGAGCAGUGCUGAAGGACCACUGACAACUGAACCUGCACAGCUAGAGUUCUGUCCAAUCCAUCCGGAUGCCACGAUAUGCGCAUGCAAUGGCUUCCUCGAGGACUGGGACCUGCAAGAGGCAGACUCAAAGGGUACCGGCAACUACUCUUUCAAGGACGAUGCACCUGGCAGCACAAAGCGUAACGGCAUUCGUUUUCCACGACAGGCUGUGAAGAUUCUCAGAGAUUGGCUAGACGCUCAUGCCGACAAUCCAUACCCGACCGAGGAUGAGAAGAUUGAGCUGGAGAAGCAGACGGAGUUGAAGCCCAGUCAGAUUGCGAACUGGCUUGCCAACGCCCGACGCCGCAGGAAGGCGACAGAGAGAGCGAAGCCGAAGCUCCACAUGUCACCAAGUCUGAGGCCGUCCUCCGCGCCUAUGGACAUACCGCGCUUGCCAGAGAAGCCAUGGGAUGAGCUCAACCCACUUGAAAGAUGGAAGCACUCUCCACCUGAGAACGAACCGGCCACGAUGAGUGAUAUCGCCAAUGCUGUAGCUAACAGCGAGUCCCUUGAGGAAGACGUUUCUGCUUCGCCCUCUACCUUAGGUCGUUCCAGUAAGCGGCGCAAGGGCUCGAGCAACGGUUCAGGAUUCUCCAACCGACGAGCUCCAUCGACGACUUCUCAAGAGACGGGCCAGACUUCAUCCUUGUCCGCAUCAAGCGCGGCAUUUUCCAGCUCUAACGUAUCUUCGCAGUCCACUCAUGGCUCAUUCAGCUCCUUCAGCUCAAGUUUGGCUGGCAAGAAAGACAGGCGUCGUCGUCGACGACCGACAGCGGCAGUGGGUCGCAAGCAGUCGGAUGAUCGAAAAAGGAUCUUUCAAUGCACCUUUUGCACAGACACUUUCAAGUCAAAGUACGACUGGACAAGGCAUGAGAAAUCUUUGCAUCUCUCACUAGAGAAGUGGAUAUGUGCCCCGAGCGGACCUACCGUCACAGACCAAGAGUCAGGCAACAAGCAAUGUGUGUACUGUGGUCUUCACAACCCAUCGAGCGACCACCUCGAGACGCACAAUCAUCGUCAGUGUGAAGACAAGGGCCUAGACGCAAGAACGUUUUAUCGAAAGGACCACCUACGUCAGCAUCUACGACUGAUGCAUAGCUGCGAAAUGACGACUUCGAUGGACAGCUGGAAAUCGAUAGCCAUGAACAUCAACAGCCGCUGCGGGUUCUGUGCCCAACGCUUCACUGUUUGGCAAGAGAGAGUGGAUCACCUGACGGCCCACUUCAAGGCGGGAUCGCGCAUGGCUGACUGGAAAGGAUGCAGAGGAUUGGAUCCAGCUGUAGCUGCUCAAGUCACCAACGCAAUGCCACCAUACCUCAUCGGCAUGGAGUCCGUGAGCCCGAAUCCGUUUUCUGCAACCAACAGAGCAACAUGGCGCCUCGGAGAUAUAAGCAACAAUGGAGAUGCUCACGAUCAUGGGCAGUUCCUUGCUGGUGCAUUGGCCCUGAACGAAGGCGUAGGUUGCGAUCGAACGGCCACCUGCUGGGAGAUCCUCACAGUCAGACUUGGAAAGUACGCCAGAGAGAUGUCGGAGAAAGGCAUUGUGAUGACGGACGAAAUGCUGCAGAACCACGCACGACUGGUGUUGUAUGAUAGUGAAGAUGCCUGGAACCAGACGGCUGCAGACCACCCUGAGUGGCUGGACCUCUUCAAAAAAGCACAUGGAUUGAACUUUAUCCCUUCCGCGGUUGGUGGACGAGGCAGCGAGAUACCCGAAGACCUCGAGACAUACGGCGACCUAGGCCUUCGCAUUCCGUUUGCAGUGCAAUUGCAAGCUUACAACGCCGCACAGUCUAGGGCUCAGGCGAACGAUGCAGCGACUAGACCCGGGCCGUAUCAGCAAGCACGAGACACGCUUCGAAAGAUGCACAUGCUCCUGUCUGAAGCAGGCGUACUAGUUACUGAAGACCAAAGCUGCAAGCACAUAAUAUGCUCUGACAACCUCAUUGAUAUCACCAAGCUCGAGGAGACCUCAUCCCAAGAGCCACAAAUAUGGCGUUGGUGCCAUCAAAGUCUGCUGCCACGCGUGACAGAGGAAUUGAACAACAUCAAUUGUGUUGGCGGCAACAGCAAGACAGCCACUGCGGCUGAGAACCGAGCCAAAGCUAUGCAGACAUUGUGGGACCUCGAAGAUAGGGACCACCAACACAAUGGAUCUUGUUCGGCGAAGUACGAAAAGAAGGAGCCAUGUGGUAACACAAGAGCGGACCCGGAUGUUUUGACUGCACGAUCCCGAGCACGAGGUUUGAAUGUACUGGCAGGCAUGGAGGCUGCGCAGGCGGUCUCGUGCCCAGCGCCGGCCACGAAGACGGCCUCAUACUUGAAGCGUCACAAGUAUGAGCUCCCGGUCGCUCAAGCUCGGCUUUUCGAGACCACGACGAGAGCAUGGGGAGACAGUGGAAGCAUGCCACAGGCGGUGCAUACCUCGCUGCUGAACAUCCCAGAGGCUACGACCACGAGUACUGGUGCCAUGAUGGAAUUUCUAGGUGGUGAUGUUGGUGCCUCCCUGCCGUUCAGCAACGAUGCGCUGACCUCUCAAAUUGAACUGCCUGACUUCUCAAUCGGCGAAAAUGAUUGGGAGCUUCCAGGCGGAGGCGCCAUGACAGAAGCAGAGAUGAUGGAUGUAGUGGACGCUACCACUUUCAACCAAGCUGAUCUCUUGCCGGAUGUUACAGCCAUGGACUUCGACUGGAAUGCCGCCAUGGCUACGACGGCUGCAGAUUUCGGUACGUUGCCAGCGACUGAUGGCAACGAGUUCGCCUUUGACGACUUGACGUUCGAUGGCGUUUUCGAUGUGCCUUUUGAUGAGACGUUUGGACCUGUGGAUACCGAUGGACGUGACUAG